UUUUCCUUUUAUCUAAUAUGAAUUUCUUGUUGCCCAAUUUUUGUCCAUUCCUUCUUGUCCUCUCACUGUACACCUCUGAGAGGAGCCUGGCAGUGGCAUCUCUGCACCCUCUGAGUGAAGACAGCCCUGAGGUCUCCCUGCAGCUGUCCCCUCUCCAGGCUGAACAAGCCCUUUGUGCCUCAGCUCCCUAAACAUCUUGGUUGCCUUUCUCUGGGCCCAGAGUGUGUGUCUGCAGUUAGGGGAAGGAAGGCGAGGGGAUGGGGCAGCCUUGUCUGAAGAGGCAGCGGCUGCUCUUGGGAGCAGGGGUGGGGAAGUGAUCCGAUAGAUGAGAAAGAGCAAAACCCCAAAAGCUGUGCUAGGUGUAUCUCCAUUAACACAUUUCAUCUCCACAGGUCUGUAUUUGCUGAGGUGCAGGAUGUCUGCCCUGAGGCUGAUCUCUAACAGGACCUCCCAGCAGGCCUUGUCCAACUCUGAUUACACCUGGGACUACGAGUACUACGAGUAUGGACCUGUGUCAUUUGAAGGCCUCAAGGCUCAUAAGUAUUCCAUUGUGAUUGGAUUUUGGGUUGGUCUUGCAGUUUUUGUCAUCUUCAUGUUUUUUGUCCUGACCCUGCUGACGAAGACAGGAGCACCACAUCAAGACAAUGCAGAGCUUUCUGAAAAAAGAUUUCACAUGAAGAGCUUUGUGGCAGAAUUUGGAAGACCUUUGGAGUCUGACAGGGUCUUUUCUCACCAAAUGGCUGAAGAAUCCCAGUCACUUUUCCAUUUCUGCAUUAAUGAAGUGGACCAUAUGAACAAAGAAAAAGAGAGCCAGAAAGGUCCAAGUCUGGAGAGUAAUACCCACUUCCAGGAGGUUCCCAAGAGCAGUGCAAUGUUUGAGGAAGACCUACAUUGUCUUACAAAAUUUAACAUUCCUAACUUUGUGAACACGGAGCAGAACUCUUCAUUAGGCGAGGAUGAUCUCCUCAUCUCAGAGCCACCAAUCAUUUUAUAAAGCAAACUGGUGGCGCAAUCUUAACAUUGGAUCCUUGACUGAAGAAUCCUUUACUUUAAGGCAAACAUCUCCAUUACUGUCCAGUUUGAAGCCUUUCUGGGCCUUGUGCUCCUUUGACAAAAAGAAAGCAUUUCAGACCUGUGCUUUUUAUUGUAUGUAAGACUGGCUGUACUGAUAGAGCUCAGUUUAGACAAGAAGUAAGACACUGAAUGCUUUAUUCUGAUGCCUUCUGUGGUCUAAAACUUCUGCCCAGUAUUAUUUUUUUGCUUUUUGAUUUUUUUUUUUUGUUUCUUGCACUGUUCUUCAUUUUUAAACAACUACUCAUGACCAGCUUCUGAAGGAUAAUAAUUCACAAGGACUGUGAAGGCUGAGCCUGGCAUUGGGAGGUCUGUGAAAAUUCAUUGGUCAAGAAAAGUGUAAAUCUCCAAGGAGACUGAAGAAAGGAAUAAACAGCCCCUGGGGAUGUUCUGUGGUUUCUGCUGCGCCCAAUAAGGAUGCCUGAAGCUGAGCACCACAAUAAAUACCUGCUUGGGACUAACUUCACUUUCUGAUCCCUAACUGCUUUUUGGUGCAGGUUAAACCCAAUUUACAAAGCUUCCAGAGGGAAUACCUUGCAAGUGAAAUUGUUUGGUUACAGUGUUUACAAAAUGCUAUCACCACCUGCUGCUGAGUAGAACAAAUUGGUGCCUGUAAUUAUAACUCAGAAUGACACCUCAGCAGCUGCCCCUGAUGACAUAAAUUAGUAUUCUACACACAAACACAAACUGUGAUUUGACUCUUUCUUUUCUUUUUUUUUUUAUUUUUCCUGCUAGUUGCUGAUGUGAAAUUCCAGUUCAGUAAUUACAGGAUUCAGUAGCUAAAUCAUAGGAAAUAAGAAAAAACCUAUUUUUCUUCUGCCAAUAAAGUUACUACAUGCAAAUGGUGGUCGUAUGUUAA